UUGCUCUGUGGACAAAUACGUGUUGCUGGAUUUGGAAUACACAAACGAUUUGAUGGCCGGUCAAGAAGCACAUGUUUUUAAAUUUGCCGACCGUCCAGCACUCUACUUUAACUGCCAGCUGGAGCUGACGAUGAAGGAUCGGCAACGUGGAUGCGCAGGCGCGCGGCCCAUCUGCAAGGGUCAAGUGAGAGUGGAGCCGUCAGCACAAACCUACGAGCAGUCAGCAAAUGUGGAGGAAGAGUACAGUAGCGCCAGCGGAUUAUCAAAACCGACAGCAGAGUUAUCCAAGUAAAA